UAAAAAUAACUAUUAUAAGGAGGAAGCGAUAAAAUGAAAUCCAGGUUGAGGUUAAGUAAUAACAGCUGUUUUAUGUCAAUUUAUGAUUAACCUAACCUAUAAGGCUGCAAAUUCUAACCUAAAUAAAUAAUGAACGUAAUACGCGGUAGUAAUUUAUUAAAAACCUGUGUUCAAAAACAUACUUCACACUUAGGACUUCUUACUACGUUUAAUAAAAAUGAUUUUUAUUCAUCAAACCAACAAAAACGAUCGUUUUCGGUAGAGUCUACAAUAAGAGCACAAUCAGGAUUUUUUAAGACACUCUCUGAAAGUACUCCAGUUGAAUAUAUACAAAGUUUUUUACUCCAAGUACACGAUAAAUCUGGAUUACCAUGGUGGGCUACAAUAAUUUGUACUACAAUUUUACUUAGAUCUUGUGUUACUUUACCUUUUGCGAUUUACCAACAAAGAAUAUUAGCAAAAUAUGGGAAUUUAUCAAUGGAAAUGCCUGCUAUUGUAGAAGAAUUAAAAAAGGAGAUGCAUGUUGCUGUACGAAGGUUUGAAUGGGAUGAGAAAACAGCUCAAUAUUAUUAUAGAAAAUCAGUCAAGAAACAGUGGAAUAACUUAAUAAUAAGAGAUAAUUGCCAUCCAUUAAAAGCUGGAAUAUUAUUAAUAUUUCAAAUCCCAUUGUGGAUAUCUUACUCAGUGAGCUUAAGAAAUUUAGUUUAUCAACUACCAGUAACGGAUGUUCAAUCACAAAUAACAUUCACUGAGUUAUGUGUGGGUGGAUUUGGAUGGAUACCAAAUUUAGUAGAAGUGGAUAGUUCAUUAAUUUUACCAGUAUUUUUAGGAUUAAUUAAUUUAACAAUAAUUGAAAUCCAAGCUUUAGCUAAAGUAAACCCUCCUGGUAAACUCCAAAAAAUAUUCACAAACUUUUUUAGAUUAGUGAGUAUUGGAAUGAUUCCUUUAGCUGCAAAUGUACCAUCAUGUUUAACUUUAUAUUGGACUACAUCAAGCGCUUUUGGAUUGGCACAAAAUUUAGUUUUAAUGUCGCCUAAAAUAAAGAGAUUUGUUGGUAUACCAUUAACAAAGAAUGAAUUGCAGGAGCCUUACAGUUUUGUUUAUGACAAACUUAAAAAUAAGUUAUCUAAAAUACCUGGUUUUAAAUAAAUAAAUUCUUUUUAUUAUUAAA